AACCUGCCGAUAUCUCCAUCCUUUGAGUGCCCCCAACCUCUGGGGGUCCCCAGCCCAAGGAAUCCCCAGCCUUUUGGGGUUCCCGGACGAUGGCUGCCCUCACCCCAUGGGAUUCCCCAACCCUCGGUGUUCGCAUCCUAUUGAGAUCCCCACCUGAGCGUCCCCAACCUUUGGGUGCCCCCCAGCCCAGGCGUUCCUCAGACUCUCUCAGGGCCGUUCCCAGCCUAUGGGGUAUGGCCGGGUACGUCCCCAGGGUUGCAGCCAUCCUGCUGACACCCACACCCCAUCCCUGCAGGUUCCGGAGCUGGGGAUGCGGCCGCGCUGCCCCUCACCCUUCCAGCCGCGUGCCGGCCCCGAGCGCACCUCCGAGCGCGAGACACAGACAGCAGAGCUGUCCCUGACCGUGGUGACGGCCGUGCAGGCGGUGGAGAGGAAGGUGGACUCCCAUGCCACCCGGCUGCUGGACCUGGAGGGCCGCACCGGGGUGGCCGAGAAGAAGCUGAUCGAUUGUGAGAAAACGGCGACGGAGCUGGGCAACCAGCUGGAGAGCAAAUGUGCGGCCCUGGGCACCCUCAUCCAGGAGUACGGGCUGCUGCAGCGGCGCCUGGAGAACAUGGAGAACCUGCUGAAGAACAGGAACUUCUGGAUCCUGCGGCUGCCCCCCGGCAGGAAGGGAGAGGUCCCCAAGGUGCCGGUGACGUUUGACGACGUGUCCGUCUAUUUCAACGACAAGGAAUGGGAGAAGCUGGAGGAGUGGCAGAAGGAGCUGUACAAGAAUGUGAUGAAGGGGAACUACGAGUCGCUGAUCUCACUGGACUAUGCAAUUUCCAAACCUGGUGUUUUGUCCCAGAUCGAGCAGGGAGAGGAACCACGGGUCAGGAAUGAGCAGGACUUGGAGGAGAGCGAGAUGAUGAGCGAUGCCACCGCAGCCGGAAUCAGAGUCGUGAUCAAAACAGAGGAGCUGCUUCCAGAGGACAGCCCUGAGAACCCAGAGCUGCACGGCAUGUCAGGGCAAUCGGAGGGCAGCUUCCAGAGCCCAGAUGAAGAGGCUGCCUGCGAGAGCCCCUAUGGCUCCGUGUCCCCUCCCCGAGAGCUGCCGGGCACCAGCCUGGGCGACCCCUCUGAGUACGUCGGGGACUAUAAUGAGAUCCAGAGGGUCAUCGUGCACCACGGGAGCUGCACAGGUGAGGGGUGGAGGGGUCUGGGAGGAGGCACGCACCCAGUGACUGUGGCCUGGGGGCUGCUGAGCUGCACCAUGGUGGGGAUGCAGCAUCCCCAGCAGCCCUGGGGCUCCCUUUGUGAGCAGCCUUUACCCACGGGUAAAGCCUUUACUUCACGAGGCUGGAAAGGGAGCAAAGCCAGGGGCUUGGGGCAGGGGAAGGCACUGGAGCUGCAGGAAUGGGAAUGGGGUUUAAGAGAGUCAUUUAUCCGCAUGCAAGGAGUGAGCAAACUCUGGAGAGAAGAGAUGGAAAGGGACCAGAGUCCGAUGGAAAGGCACCGGGGGGGUCUCCUGGGGUGUGAGCCCCACCGAGGGGCAAACCUUACAGUGUGGGUUUGUGUCCCUGCAGCGUGGGUGCAUGGGGCAGUGUGGAGGACAGGAAUGAGGGCGGCCAGACUGCAAUGUGUGCACUGCAGGGAGGGUGGGUGCAAUGAGGUUGGGGGCGGAGAGAAGUGGAGGUCUGGACAAAGUCCUCCCCUGCUCAGCUGGGUGUGGGAUGGGCACAGGGGGCAGCUCCUGGCCACGUCCUGCCACCAUGUCGGGGGGCACUGGGGGUGUGGAGCAGGUGGACCCUCUGCCUUUUGGUGUUUCUCAGGCCGUGUGUCCGCGUCCCUGGACCUGGAUGGCCAUCGGAGCCCCAGGAGCCUGUCCCUGGAACAACCCUUGGCCGCCCCCGAGGAAGGGCCCGGCGGGGAGGCCGAGCUGCCCGCCGCCGAGAUCUCGGUGACGCUGGUGACGGAGGUGCAGGCCGUGGACAGGAAGGUGGAGGCGCAGGCGGCCCAGCUGAUGAACCUGGAGGGCAGGAUGAGGAUGGCCGAGAGCAAACUGAUCGGCUGCGAGAGGACGGCCGUGGAGUUUGGCAACCAGCUGGAGAGCAAAUGGACGGCCCUGGGCACCCUCAUCCAGGAGUACGGGCAGCUGCAGAAGAGGCUGGAGAACAUGGAGAACCUGCUGAAGAACAGGAACUUCUGGAUCCUGCGCCUGCCCCCCGGGGCCAAGGGGGAGGUCCCCAAGGUCCCCAUGGCGUUUAACGACACUUCAUUUAGCUUCUCGGAGGACGAGUGGAAGAAUUUGAACGAAUGGCAGAAAGAGCUUUACAGGCAUAUCAUGAAGGGCAACUACGAGGCCGUGAUCUCGAUGGAUACUGCAAUUUCGAAACCUGACCUCCUGUCACGGAUUGAGCAAGGAGAGGAUCCCAAUGCUGAGGACCAGGAUGACUCUGAGGGAGGAGAAACCCCUACGGAUCCCAGCACCGAGUUUUUCUUCCCCGGUCCCGAUGACAACUCGUGGAGUAAAUACGAAGAUACCCUGGCUGAAAGUCACUACGGUUCUGAAGAAGAAGAAGAAGAGGAAGAAGAAGAGAGCAUGGAGGCUCCCAAUACAUAUGCGCAGCAGUGUGACGAGGAAAGCCCCGACAGCCUUGAGCUUCCUGCCUCGUUAGCGGGAAAGUGGGAUGAUGUUUUCUCAAACCCAGAGGAAGAGUUAAAGCCAAGCGGCAAGAAUCGGAGCGGGUCGGGCCCGCAGCAGAGAGGUGCAGCGGGCAAUGGGCUGAGGCGCUCCUCGCGCCGCGGGAGGGAACUGUCAAAGAAGGAAGCUCCCGAGGAAAUGGCCGCAGAGGAGGGGCCGUACAUCUGCUGCGAGUGCGGGCAGAGCUUCCUGGACAAGGAGCUCUUCGCAGCCCAUCAGAGAGCGCACAUGGACGAGGAAGCCUGCACUUCUCUGGAAGCCGGGGAAAGCUUCAGGCAGAAAUCCAAAUCCUCCGCGAAAGGCCAGCGCUCCAGACCGUCCAAGCGCGCCAAUUCAGAGAAGGGCUCCGGUUUCAAGUACGGCUUUGUCAGGCCGAACAACAUGGUGGAAAGACCCUACACCUGCUCGCAGUGCAAAGAGAGCUUCAGCCUGGAGGUGAGCCUCAUCUUGCACCAGAAGCUCCAUACGGGGAAGGGUGACGGGCCGCUGACCUGCACCUACUGCGGGAAGGACUUCCGGGACCUCUCCAAAGCCAUCCGCCAUCAGCGCAUCCACACGGGGGAGCGGCCGUACCAAUGCACCGAGUGUGGGAAGAGCUUCAUCCGCAGGGACCACCUGCUCAAGCACUGGCGUGUCCACACCGGGGAGACCCCGUACCAGUGUCCCGUCUGCGGGAAGCACUUCCGCUACAAAGAGUCGCUGAAUUGUCACCAGAAGAUCCACUCCCGCAACCCCCGGCCCAUGGAGGAGGCCUUGCAGCACAACCUGGAGUCGGCCACUCAAACCAGCCUCUUCUGUUUGAAAACAGAAACCAAGCAGUAGCGAUGGGCGGCCGGGGCGGAAGGGCUCGCAGUGACGGAUCGGUCUAAGCCGGCGGACGUGCAGCAUGACGAGAGGUGAACUUGUAUCGCAGCUAAUCCAUGUGGUCUUGCUACCAAGCCCGCUUUGUUGAAGCAUCCUAGGAAUUCCUCUAAAAAAAAAAACUCUGAUACGAAGGCCUGGGCACCUCUUCAGCCCCGCGGGGUGACGUGGGACCUCCUUGGCAGCGUAGGCCUCGUAUUCGUUGUCCCCUACGCAGGUUUGAAUUUUGCCUGUAGAGAAUGCUCCCGAGAGAUUCUCUGGGGAUCUGUAUUUAGCAGGUGUUUCCCCACCUAUCUUUGUGCAUAUUCAGGAGUGACAAGCUUUCGCUUUCAUUCUUUUUCUGCUCGUUUCACCACAAGGCUGGACGAGGGAGGAAGGGAAGAUGCCAUUCCCGGGCCGCCGGCCGCCCGCCCCGGCUGCAGUGACGCACCUCGAGCAUCAGCCCCGUGCCACGAGGCUGGGCUGCCACCAAGGGGACAGAGGUGAAGCAGAGCCGUGGUUAGGGACGUGACGCAGAACUUGUCGAAGGCAGAAAAGCAGAGAGGAGAGAGCAGCGAAGUGCAAGGUGAGAAAAAGAAGGCGGAGGAGGAAAGGACGGGAAGGAGAAAGGGCUGAGGACAUUGGAGCAGGAGGAGUUGGGAGAGGAGGUCUGUGUGGGUGCACAGAGGCAGUCGGGUCUCUGAUCGAAGAGGAGAUGUCUCUGUGCUUUGGAAGGACAUUGCUGUCGUUUCCCUCUGGCCUGAGGGAGCAGUGCUGCUGGUCUGUCAUAGGAACUACCGUUGGCAAAGGUGGUUUUACUGUUAUUUUAUUACUGGGUUUGGUCUCACACUCAGGUAAGUCAGACAAGUGAAAGGAACUUCUCCUAACCCCUGUAAAGAGCUGUUCGGUUUUUAGUUAAUGUAGAAGUAGGAUGUUGUUGUUAUUGUUGUUAUUAUUAUUAUUAUUAUUAAUUAUUAUUAUUAUUAUUAUUAUACAAUGAAAUGUGUGGCACUAUAUUUCACCAUGGAUCUAAAACACUUAAAUGUAUGCGGUGACUGACCAGAGUUUUUCUGACGUCUCUGUAAAUAUCGGUUGAAUUUGGCACUCAGUGGUGUUGUUCUCAAGGUGACUGUGAGCAGUGUCUCUUCCGCUGUGUAUCGUUGGCUGCUGAUUAGUGGUUGUGUUUUGUAAUAACUUUUGUAAAGUCUGUCAAUACAGUGUUUCCAUUCUGAA